AAAGGCAUAAAUGUCCUGUCGUGUUCCAUAUUGAAAUUCGCCGUCGCGUUUUUCUUUCAUUUUAUUAUAUUGUCUUGCUUUUCACAACAACAAAAACAAGAAAGACAAAUUUGAAUGGGUCUCCCCAAGGAUCUAACAAAAAUAUUUAAUUAAAUCCUUUAACGCACAGAAAAACAAAUACAUACCUUCUACCGAUCAAAAUUGGGAUCUAUUUAUUUUUAUUUCAUUCGCCAUUAAAAGAGAAUGAUACCAAAAUUUGUGUUUUGCGAAAGAAAAUCCCAAGGAUAUACGAAAUGUGUCCUGGAUAGUAUGUUGUAAUUAAACUGAGAGUGAGUGAUUGGAAUAACUUCAUCUCGUAUUCAUCCCUUUUUCAUAGUAUAUUGCUUUGUGUAUCAACAGAAAAAUUAUUGCCCAAGGAGCUCAAAUUCAUAUUGGUGUAUCUGUGUGGGGCAAAUUUUUAAAUACGCGGAUCGUUUUCGGAGUGCUAAAAUAUAUUAUUUUUGGUUUUCGGAGUUGAUAUUCGAGGUAAUAUAAUUUGCAUUGUUUUUCUUUUCUCGUGUCAAGCAGCAAAAACACAAACACAAAAUAAGCCCAAAAAGUGACGAGUUUUCAAAAAGAAAAUUUAAGUUUGUGUACGUCUCACUUUUCACUUUUUAAGUGCAUGAAUUCCUUUUGUGGAAUAUAAUCUUUUUGCCAAUAAAUUAUCUCAUUGUCCGUUCGUGAGUGUUAUUCGUUUUAUUGUCCUUAUUGUCGUGUUGUGGUUUUUUUCGGUUUUUCUUCUUAUGUGUGAUGUAUGCCAUUUAUAAAUUUGUGUCAAAUAAAUGUCAAAAGGAUACGAUUAUGUGUACACUUGAAAAAGGAAUAAAAUAAAUAUAAUACACGAUAAAAAGGAUAUAUCAUUCGUUCGUACAAUUCAACUUGACAUCCCCAAUCCCCAUACAACCCUACCACUCCAUUUUGCUUGCUACUCUACAUCUACAUAUCCUAGGGGCCGAAAAGGAUACACAAUCUGUGUUUCACUGCCAACUAAGGAUAAAUAAAUGAGAAAUCAGUUGAAAAAAAUAAAAAAUGAAAAAAUAAAAUAAAAAUGAGAAAAUAAGGACGUGUGUCUUUUGCGUGUUUGGUGCAUCUUCCGUUUUUUCCGUUUAAUAUAAAAGUAAGAAAAAAUACGAAAAGAGGCUAAAAGAAUCAGAAGCCAAGUGCAUACAGAUACAAGGAGUUAUAACGUAUUCAUAUACCUAUAUCCUUUCGAAGCAGCCUUUUUUGUUUUGCCUGCACAUUUGGGUUACCUACUGGUUGUGUUACCUACUUUGCUUUGUGAAUGUGAAAUGAAGAGCUGCUGUUACCAUUACCACUUUUAGAAAAUAAGUUCUAGGGUACGUGUGCAUAACGUUUGGGAAUGCUUCUUUAAUUUUUUUUUGUGUGUGUUUUUUUCUUGCAUCCUGGAUUUAGCCUCUUUCCAUCUGGCAAGGAUACAUUCAAGAAAAGUUUAAAGAGUGAAAAAUGUGUCUUAAAUAGGCCAAUAUAUAGAUAAAACAGUGCAUUUUGAAAAAAAGGGAUACAAGUGUAGGAAAAAUAAAACUCCGACGACACGACGUUAUAUUUUACAACAAUUUCCUACUGUUUAAUUGUGUAUGUAUAACUACAUGUGGCAUAGGUUUAAUUUUUCUUUCAAUAAAAAGAAACCCGACCAACGCAAUAACCUCAUUGGAACACGGGAAUGCACCGAAUUGAAGUCGAACUAAACUCCGCAUGCAAACAAAGGAUUUCUUCACAAUCAAUAAAACAAGAUAAAUUAAUCUACAGAAUGUCAACUCGACAUUUAACACCACUUCAAAAGGUUAUCACAACAACUUGAAUGCAGAAAAAAUAGUGGAUAGUGAAAUGUGGGGAUUUUAAUUAAAGCUAAUUAAAAAAAAAAGAACUUAACUCAAGUAAGCAAAAUGUCAAGAUACAGGAGUAGAUAGUUAACAGAACCAUCACUUUAACAGAAAUAUAAAUAACGAUAAAAUCAGAAGAAUAAAAACAACAAAAUAAAACAAAUCAAAAGGACCAAAGUUGGAAACUUCUAGAAGAUUCCAAUGGUUCUAAAUAUGACACCAUACCGAGAUACAUACACAGCAACACUAUGCAUCCUGGCAAUGGUCUUCGCUACAAAAUCAGUCACAUGCUCCACUUUAGAUAUUUACAAAAAUGCCCGUUUGGGACAUAGGAUAGUCCAGACUCGAUACGGCCGGUUGCACGGCCUUAUCCUGCCAUUAGAUAAUUUUCGUUUCUUACGCUCUGUAGAGGUAUUCCUGGGAGUUCCGUACGCCACACCGCCAACAAAACAAAAUAGAUUUAGUCCAACAAGAGCACCAGCUCCAUGGGACGGAAUACGAAUAUCAGACAAAUAUAGUCCUGUAUGCCCACAGCGCCUGCCAAAUAUUCAAAACGAAACAGCAGCCCUUGAAAAAAUGCCAAAGGGACGCCUAGAAUACUUGAAGAGACUUUUGCCAUUUUUGCAAAAUCAAUCAGAAGACUGCCUAUACCUAAAUAUAUUCUCACCGAUAAGUGCGGCCUCCACUGAAAAGAAAUUACCGGUAAUUGUAUUUCUGCAUGGCGAGUCCUUUGAAUGGAGCAGUGGGAAUCCCUAUGAUGGCAGUGUCCUUGCCAGUUACGGCGAGGUGGUUGUGGUAACACUUAAUUACCGAUUAGGUAUUCUCGGUUUCCUGAAUGCCAACCCAAGUCCGCAUACUCACGCUCGAGUGGCAAACUAUGGCCUAAUGGAUCAAAUGGCUGCCUUGCACUGGAUCCAGCAGAACAUUCAAAAAUUUGGCGGCGAUCCAAGUUCAGUUACACUUGCUGGCCAUGGGACUGGAGCUGCGUGCAUAAAUUUCCUUAUGACGUCGGCGACCAUGGUGCGCGGCCUCUUUCAUCGGGCAAUUCUACUCUCAGGUUCGGCAUAUUCGUCCUGGGCGCUAGUCGAGGACCCAGUGAUUUUCGCCCUCAAAUUGGCCAAAGAAGUUAAUUGCUCCAUACCAGAGGAUUUAAUUAAACAUCACGAACAGAUUGUUGAUUGUUUGCGAGAAGUGUCACUCGAGGACUUGUACGGGGCCGAUAUACAAGCACCGAACUUCUUGACAUCCUUUGGCCCAUCGAUUGAUGGUGUUGUCAUUCGAGCAGGACACUCAAAUCUUGAUAUCGAUGAUUUAGUGACAAGAAAUCCAAAACGACCACCCGAAAGUAGUGCGGGUCAUUAUGAUGUCCUUUUUGGUGUUGUCACUGGGGAAGCAAUUUGGCGGUUUAGUGCGCAUGAUAUACAAAAUGGCUUCGAGGGUGAAAGACGUGACAAAAUUAUUCGAACAUACGUCCGGAAUGCCUACAAUUAUCAUUUGAAUGAAAUUUUCUACACGAUUGUCAACGAGUACACUGACUGGGACAGGACAUCACAGCAUCCAAUCAAUACCAGAGACACAGCAGUUGCUGCACUCUCAGAUGCUCAAUUUGUGGCACCAAUUAUCCGCACUGGCGAUAUGCUGGCCAAUACACCGCCAGGGGGUGGUGGCAAUGGAAACGGUGGCAUUAGUCAAGACAAGUCAGGAUCGUCGCCGUCGUCGUCGUCGUCCUCAUCAUCAUCGUCAUCGGGUAGUUCUGGAACCAGAUGCUAUUUCUAUGUGUUCGAUUAUCAGACAAAGGAUGGCGACUAUCCGCAACGUAUGGGCACCGUGCACGGCGAGGAUCUGCCGUAUAUAUUCGGAGCACCACUAGUCGAUGGGUUUAGCCACUUCCCGACCAACUAUACCAAGUCUGAGAUAGCAUUGUCCGAAGCAGUUAUUAUUUUUUGGACGAACUUUGCUCGUACUGGAAAUCCGAAUGAACUUCAUCGACAGGACUCUGUAUUGCCAGCAUCAAAGGAGCGAAAUAGAUUUCGCAGCAUCAACUGGGAGAGUUAUGAUCCACUCCACCAGAAGUACUUGGAAAUUGGAAUGAAGCCACGUAUAAAGAACCAUUUUCGAGCCCAUCAACUUUCGAUUUGGUUGCGACUGAUUCCAGAGUUAUUACGAACCGGAAUGGAGGAUGCUAUCGCCCGACACAAUCUAUUUAAAAAUCACGACGAUUUGGAUCUUUACGAGGGCCCAGUUAAACCGGAUCCUUUUUCGUCGCGUAUGCAAAUUGUUGAAGACGCUAUGAAUAAAAAGGGCGGACGCAAUAAUUCCUCUUCCAAUGGAUAUAUGGUUGGGGUGCUAGGCGGUAUUACGACAGUAGAACCAAACGUAUUCACAACUUGCAUCCCAGUAGCUGGGAACUAUACUGGAGCUGUGUUCGCACCAACAACCAUUGUUAAUGCUACCACAGAUACGUUAUCUGGCUUCGAAGCAGCCGGCUAUGCUGCCUAUUCUACAGCGCUGAGCGUAACAAUAGCAAUCGGAUGCAGCCUCCUCAUACUGAAUGUGUUAAUAUUCGCCGGUGUGUACUAUCAACGUGACAAGACCCGACUGGAGGUGAAGACACUGCAGAAGCAGUAUCAGCAGCGCGGAAUGCACCAACAAGUGGCUUUCGAUCCGAUUAAACACGCCCAUUAUCACAUGGGACAUUCGCAGAGUGCGAAUGUCAUCGUCGACGUCGAGAACCACGAUCAGGGUGCUAUUCUGUUAUCGGGUGAUGUCAAGCCCCCGCCCCACAUCUGUUCCAAUGCAAUGCAAAUCAACAGCAGUUGUGGCAUCCAGACAACGAAAAUUCCAUCGAAUGCAGUGAGUGCCGCAGAUGUCAGCAAUGUCAGUAAUAGUGGAAGUAAUGUCACGUACGCUGUAAGUAGUAAGCAGCAGCACCAGCAGCAGCAGCAUCAGCAGCAGCACCAGCAACAACAACAACAACAGCACCAACAGCAGCAGCAGCAAGCUCCUUCGUCCCGUGAGCAUAUGCAACUCAAAGGAACACAAACAUUCGGCAGGAAUAUGAGUAUCGGAGGUGGUGGUGGGGGGAAUGUGGUCGGUGGCGGAGGAAAUGCAAACAAUGCUUACAAUCCGGGAAUGAUGACUUUGCCAAAAGUGGGUGCGAUGCAUCACUCGAACUCAAUGAAUUAUGGCCGUAACUCCACUGGUAUGGGUGGUGGAGGUGGUGGUGUUGGUGGCAAUGGAAAUAGUAAUGCUGCCGGCGGUGGUGCUGGAAACACAAUCGUCAACAAUUCUGGAGACUGCAUGACUCUACCUAGAAAUUUGUCAUCUGCAUCACGUCAUAGCGUGGAUGGCCAACAUCUACAAAACAAACACCAGCCCAAUGGUAGUGUGAUGGGUGUCCAUCAUAUUCGAGCACCUCGGCCACCAAUCCGAACCGCAUCAUCAGGACUUGGAGGCACGAGCAGCAAUGUGUCAGAGCAGACACAAACGAGCAGUGUAAACAGCAGUAGUAGCAGUAGUGGAAGUGCUCUUUGUGGAGGAGGUGGUGGUGGGGGAACAAUGAAAAUUCAACACCACCACCAGCAACAGCAGCAACAGCAACAUCAGCAGGACAGCAUUGGCAUGACAACGAAUGCGGGAGCUCAUCUGCAGCAACAAGUGCCCCAGGCGGCAAUCGACGAAAUGAGAGUCUGAUAGGUGACGGUGUUCGAACUAGAAUUAUAGUCAUCUUGUCCAGAAACAACGUUUCGAUCACCAACACCUGAAGAUCCAUCUAUAAUUUCUGAUUGCUCCUGCAAUGAGUUCUGUGCCCAACAACUUCAGCGCAAACAACAAAAUCCCCCCCAACAGCAAAUACAAGACAGCAGGGAGAAUCUUCAAAAAACAUUGUCAUCUUCAUCAUCAUCCAAACAACAGCAGGAGCUACUUCAGCAACCAUCUCCAAUAACUGAGAAAACACUUCACAGACGUCAACAGCACCACGUACGAUUCCAGGACGAAUAUGAUAUGGAAGAUAAUUUGACUGACACUCCAUCACAAUCAUCAUCGCAGACAUCUUCAGGUAGAGGAGUUAUUGGCGGUGGUGGUGGCGUUAAUAAUAAUAACAGUAGUUGUAGUGGGCAUCAUCAACGUCAGCUACAUCAUCUACAUCAGCCGCCAUCAACAAAUAUACAACAACAACAAGAAACAACUUCUAGAAACGAACACCAAGUAAAAAAGUCAAAUCGAAAGAGACAACAAGAACAAAACGAUGCAUUUAUUAGUAGAUAAACGUCCUCUUCAAAAACAAACAAAACCAAAAGAGAAAAUGAGAUAAAUUGCUCAAUAAAAACAGAAGAACAAAUAUAAAACAAAAUUAUAAAAAUGUGUUCAAAAAUGAUUGUAAAAACCAAAAACUAAUUAUAUACAAAAGCAAAAAGAAAAAUGUUUUUGAACACGAACUGAAGAGAACUCUAAGUGCUCACUGAACAAAACCCUAGGUAUUUAUAUACAAUUAUGUAGAUUUAAAUUCACAAUAGAUGAAAAUGUCACCAUUUUAGUAUUACCUUAUAUAUAGAAAUUUAAAAAAACAAAAUGAAAAAUAAAAAAUAAAAAAUGCACAAUUAUUUAUCGGAAAAUAUUUUUGUUCUGUGCCAUGUUUUGAGGUUAUAAAACGUUUUGUUUAUUAGUUGCAAAAACCUUUUGAUAAAGUUGUUAGGAUAGCCACACAGUGUGAAGGUGUAAACUAUAUAUACUUUGACAGUUGACAUUUGAGGGUUACUUAAAAAUGGCGGUUUGCACUACACCCACGAACAUUUUAGAAUAUUGAUUGUAGGGGAUGUUGUUCGUACAGAUAAUGCCCGAGUUGGUUGGUAAACUCAUUCAUCUCUUCUUUGAUACUUUUCACAGCAGCAAUAGCUGCUCGAAAUACCGAGUCUGCUGGGCGGUAAUAGACGCUAUUUUUUAAGCACUCAGUGGAGCCUGAGAAAAGUGAGUACGCUCUGAGCAGAAAUGGUCAGAGCUCUUCGGGUUGACUGUCAAUAGCUCAAGAAUUAUUAAUCUAUCCCUUUGAUAGAGUGUUAUUAAACUCAGACUUUCGCAUAUUUUCUUUUGAACACCCAUCCCGUCAAUUUCGCAUUAUUACACUAGUAUGUUUUUCGGUUGCGUGUUUUUGACACUUCUCUUUCAUUUUUUGUUCUCAUCCACAACGUCAAACUUUUUACUACAACUUUUUACUACAUCAAUGAAUAUUGACAUCAUGAAUACGGAAAAUAAUUCCGAAAUGUUGUUAAAUGUGUUGAAAUUUGUGAGGAUGCUUUGAAAAUUCCCAAGCAAAAAAAAAAGGGAAUCGGAUUGAAAUCUGGAGAGAAUCCUUCAUUUUCUUGACAAAUGAACUAAAAUCAAAUGAUAAACCCUCGUUUUUGAAUUAUAAAACUUUUAACCUGCUUUCGUAGUUCAUUAAUAACGACAUUCAAAAAAAUACAAUUUUGAGAGACAGAAAAGUUGGCUUUCAACGAGUGAAACAUUCCAAAGCUUAAACUAUCAAGCUUGACUAUUUCAAUCAUUCCUUCAUUUAAUUCGGUUAUAAGGUCUUAGCUCCGCUUGAAUUUGUCCGGUGGAGUAUUUCUUGUUUACUCGGAAACAUUAGAAACAAUAUGCUUUUUAUUAUUAUUUUUUUUUAUUUAUUAUUUCUAUUUCACCUACAUACUUCCUCUUUCGCACUUAUUUGCGUCUUUCUAAAAACGUCUGAGUGUAAUAACAAACAUACCACACGAAACAAAUGUGAAGUCAUUUUAUUCAUAAUUCAUAGAGCGUGCUCCGAGCUAGCUCUGAUUAAAAAAAGAAACACAAACCAAGUGCUCUAAUAUAAUCCGAUCAAAAAAAGAAACACAAUCUUUUUUUGAUAGAUCAAUUCUCUGCUCUGAGCAUAUCAAGUGACACCUGUCAAAAAGACUAACUCUGAAAAUAGUAUUGCCAGAUUAAAAUCCACAUUUCUAAAACAAACACUCGUUAUCUUAUCGGUUGAAAAAUUAAAAACUUAAGGGUAAUUGGCUGAAUUCAUGAUGCUUACCACGAAAAGACAAACGGUGCAUUUCUAAAACAAACACUCGUUAUCUUAUCGGUUGAAAAAUUAAAAACUUAAGUAAUUGGCUGAAUUCAAGAUGCUUACUACGAAAAGACAAACGUGGUGAUUACAAUCUUUAUAAAUGGAACUCGACUUCGUUUAUAUGGCCACCGCGGAUACAUUUGCAGCGGUAGAUCGUUGGACCCAAUUUUCUUGAGAUAACAUGCACAUCAAACCCAUUGUUACAUAAAUUGAUUAUAAUGUGCACCGUGUGGCAUGUGGCACCAUCUUGUUGAAAUUAGUUUAGUAACUUGCGGUCACCGACUUUUAAUUUCUUAAGGUGGCGCUACAGUCCGGUGUGGACUAGGGCCUCAUCCAAUAAACUUCUCCAUCUAGAUCGGUCCCUAACUAGAUAUCUCCAGUUUCGCGCUUCAAGUUGGCUGAGGUCACAUUUCACUUGUGCGCUCCAACUGAUUCGAGGUCUUCCUCAACUGCGCUGUCCUGUGGGUGUGGAUUCGAAGACUUCCCGGGCCGGAGCAUUUGUUUCCAUGUGCUCUACGUGACCCAGCCAUCUUAGUCGUUGGACUUUUACCCUUUUGGCUAAGUCUACGUCUCUGUACGGCCCCUACAGCUCGUCGUUCGAUCUUCUCCUUCACUCCCCUUUGAUGCAUACUGGACCGUAAAUCAUACGAAAAACUUUUUCCUCGAAACGACCCAAGGUGCUUUCAUCCGUUUUUGUCAUAGUCCAUGCUUGUGCACCUUAUAGUAGGACGGGGAUAAUAAGGGUCUUAUACAGCGACACUUUGGUCCUUCGAUAGGAGACUUUUGCACUCAAUUGCUUUCUAAGCCCAAAGAAACAGCGGUUAGCAAGAGUUAUUCUUCGUUUGAUCUCAGCGCUGGUGUUGUUUCUGCGUUUACAGCGGAGCCUAGGUAGACGAAGUCCUUGACUACCUCAAACUUACGCCUGUCGAUGGUGUAGUUUUGACCAAGACGUCGGUGUUGUAGGUCCUUUCUUGACGACAGCAUGUACUUUGUCUUGCCCUCAUUAACCGUUAAACCCAUUUUUGCCGCUUCUGCCUCAAUACUCACAAAAGCCCCAUUGACAUCAUGCUGAGUUCUUCCGAUUAUGUCAAUGUCAUCAGCAUAUGCUAGUAAUUGGACAGACUUUUGAAAGAUAGUGCCUCUAGUGUUGACGAGUGAGCUCUGCACUAUUCUUUCAAGUACGAUGUUAAAAUAAAUCGCGUUACAGCGCAUCACCUUGUCUAAAAUCUUUUUUGACAUCGAAAGGUUAUGUUAAGUUGUUUCCGACCUUUAUGAAGCAGCGUAAAUUUUCCAUGGUCAUCCUGCACAAACGGACGAGUUUGGCAGGGAUGCCAAAACUAGACAUAGCUCUAUUUUUUCCAGGAUCUGCAGUAAUGUGAAUAUUUGAUCAACUGUGGACUUGCCUGGCCAGGUUGUUGACGAUGGGCUUUAGAUGUUCACAUAUUACGGCAAAGAGGAUUUUAUAGGCGAUGUUAAGUAGACUGAUUCCUUUAUAGUUGGUGCAGCUUAGAGGGUCACCUUUUUUCAGGAUCGGGCAAACAAUACUUUCUUCCAUUCAUAUCUUACAGAUAAGUUGCUGCAUGCUCCUAAUCAACUUAUCUCCAGCUGCUUUAAAGACUUUUAAUUUCAGUAUAAUGCUUUUAUAAUUUUUCGACGUUGCUCGUAUACUUUUCAAUUAUAAAAAUGUUGACUUUAUUGAUUAGUGAAAGGAUGUGUUCACCGACUUUACACUUCGCAGCUCAUUUUGUGACUUCAAUUCUUAAAAAGCCAAACCAAAGGAAAAAUAUAUCAUUUGACAGCUGGAAAAAUGGCUGCUGGCUAAAAUAGUGUUGCCAACCUAAAGUUCUUAACCAAUAAAAAAAAACACACCCGUUACAUUCAGACUUUUGACCUUCAUAAAAAUUAUAAUCAAUCAUGUAAAUCGUAAUUUGUUAAAUUCUAUGUCUUCUACUCAAACUUAAGGGAAUAGAAUACGAAAAAUCAAACGCACAUUAAAAAAUCGUUUACUUAUGCUCUCUUUUAUUUUAUUCCCAACAAAUUAUGUUAAUGAAAAAUUGUACUUAUCCUCGUACAAAAACAUGAAAGUCCGUCAAGUCCUAGUUUUUUUUUUGUUCGUUUUAAAUUUCUUUUGAAAUUUAAAUUGUAUGAAACCUGUCAAAGUUCAUGAAUGGAAUAACAUUUAUAUAAUAGGAUGCUGAAAUUAAAUGUCACAAGUUUAAUCAAUAUUCAAGCAAAACCCAUAAAAGGAUAGAUAAUUUUGAAUGAAUAAUAUUUGAAUAUUAAUUUUUUUGUGAGAUUUCAAAAAGUCAAAAGGAGAUAUGGAAAUGAUAUUAGGCGGAAUCGAAGUAAACUUGCGGUUUUGAUUAUUCUAUUUUGUGUUAUUUCCUUGUCGAUAUUUGUUAUGUCCUCCGUGAUGUAAUUAGGUACAUACGCACAUAUUUACAUACUUUACUUCAGAUUAAUGUCAGUUUCUUAAUUUUAAUUUCGUUUGUGUCAACUGUAGCGAAUAUGUAACAUUUUGCAAAUCACUCUUAGCCACAUCAAUUUAUGACUUGAUUGAGUUUUGCCGCCAUUCUGGGAAAUAGGAUAUUUUGCGCAUUUUUAUGUAGGUUGACGUUUUGCUUUUUCGGUACCAUAAAUUCAAUCCUUUUUCAUUCGAUGGCAUUUUAAAUCUUCCUACAUAAAUAAAUAUUCUAAUAAAAAGAACGCAACGAAGGUAAAUUAAUUUAUUUUUGUUUUAAAGUGGAAAGUAAAAUAUAAUUCAGUAUCUAAAAAUAAGAAACAGCUAUGAGAACAUUCUAACAGGUUUUUUUUUAAGCGUGUGGUUUUCAAUCUGGCAAUGAUAUUUUUGGAGUUCGUCUUUUUGACAGCUGUCACUUGAUUUAUGCUCAGUUUCAUAAAAAAUAGACUAAUUUCUGAAUAACUUUUUCAUAUCUUGCAUAUUAAGUACCAAAAUAAUGGUUCGGUUAGAGCGACGCAAUUAAGCAAUCAAUUUAUUGAAGGACACUUUUGGUUGUUGUCUUGUCUCGCGUGGGCCUGUUGCGUGGCUUCCAAGAUAGUGCAACGCUGGUGUAUAUGUUGUGGCGUUAAGUGGUCGCUUUUUGUUAUAAUUUGCACACAAUAAAGGGGUUAUUACUACCCUUAACAUGUUAAAAGUUGCAACACAGAGUGAGCCUAGGUUUCUAUUAUUCAUCUAUCGCCUAUCAUUUUCAAAAAUCUUUUUUUUUGAAUUUAGGACAAUAGCCCAAAUGUUGGACAUUUAAAUGCUUUUGUAGCUUUAAGUCCAAUCAGACGGGGUAAACAAUUUCCUGCACCGUCACGUCGCUCUAAAAGAUCCUACGCAUCUAGCAGCAUUUUUAGAAAUGUCAAAUAUGUGAUCAUUCCAUGUAACAUGUGAUCCGUAUGUGUAUAAAUACCGUGUUCUGAUAGUUGAUUAGUGUCCUGGGUGGGGUGGGUUUACUCUUAAACAGCCUGACACAUAAUUGAGUUUUUGAAGUAUUAAAUUGGACAUUGUUUUUCGCAAAUAAAUACGCUUGUCAUACACUGCCGUUAAAUUUCCUAAAUAGUUUAAAGAACUGGAAGAGUGCAUUCAGCGCAUUAUUACUGAUAUCGGCAAUCAGGGCUGGUCCCAGCUAAACUUGCGCCCUGUGCAAGAUUUGUAGAAAGCGCCCCUAUUUUAUAUUUUCACACAUAAACUGAUACAUAAGCAUAAGCCUUCCCCAGGAGGUAGACUUUCAAUGCGUUUUUUUAUUGAGGUAUCCCCAGUAGGCCUUAGCCGUAAACUGAACGCAGCAAAAAAAUGAGCAGAGGAAAAAACUAUCUUCUUCAAAACUACCGUGACCAGGAUUGUAUUAAUGAUUUGCAGAGGAAUUACUAAAUUCACAGCACAAUCUUCAAGUUUUAAACUUAAAAUUAAAUUUAACACUCUAAGCUUCAGUUUUGUGGUGUAGCAAGUGGGUUAACGGUUAACUGUUGAAACGAUUCUUCUCCAUCUAAAUCUUAAAACUUCUUAAUGUUAAAUCGUUCUGUAAAUUAAGGCAUGAAGCCCGUAAAUUUUUAUUUUUUUAAACAUUUGCUUAUGUUACUUAAAAAUGAAAAAUUGAUACUAUACCUACAUAUGUACGUAUCAAGCUGUUCAAAUCUUUCUGUAAUUGAUUGAAUGUCUUAAUGAAGUAUUUUGAAAACAAAAUGUACUUUAAACCUUUGUUUCGGGUCUAAUAUAGUUUCAGGACAUUCAGCACCAUAAAGUAUUUUUUUCUGUUGAGAUCGCAAUGAUAAAGCCCCAGGAAAUAUAUUUGGUUUUCUAGGGAACUAACAAUAUGCUCGGUUAAUUAAACAUACCUACCGAUUAAUUUUUUCAUCGAAACGCCUUAAAAUCACAUGGAACGAAAAAUGCUCUUGGUUCCAGGGUUCGAACUCGAUUCUGAGCACGCGCUUCUAUUCCUUUUAUAUUCGAAGCAUUAUCAUAACUUUGACUUCGCCAGUUACUUAUUAAAAUUCAAUGUAAUUCAAGCUUGUCUAAAAUCAACCGAGUCACUCACAUUCCAGUCUUGUCUUGUCACAAAAUACGUAGCACAGCAACCUACCUGCUCUCUUUUUUCGAAGGCAUUUUGUUGUUGUUUUUAUGUAGACCUGCACGUUCUAGCGCAUAUGAUUCAAUAUGAGUAAGUAUUUUGCGUUGUCAUAAGCAGUGUUGAGAUUUUUUCUCUUGUACGAAUAGGACGAAAUUUUUGGAAAUUAGUUAGGUAGGAUUUUUAAUUCUGAGAUAUCUUGAGUUUAUUUUCAUUGAAUGAAAGUGAUGUUAGUUAGUACGCAAGAGAUAACUUAGGACAGUUGUGAUGGAUGUUUUUUGAGAUUAUUUCAAGAAAGUUUGUGGUUAAAAAUAUGACAAAUAGUAGGUACUAGAUAUUUGUUUGCUCAAGAUCAGAUUAUAUUUCUUGGUCCUGGUAAUGCGCCCCCCUAAUUGUGCGCCCUGUGCAUUUGCACAUCUUGCACAUACAGUGGUGGAAAAAAUAAUAGGUGUAAAUGAAAAAUGCGAAUUAUUUUAAUUUUUUUUUCAUAUUUCGACUUUUUUUCAAAAAUAAAUUGUUAUCAAUAAAAAGAAUUUUCUGGUAGGCAUGAAAAUAGCUGAUUUUUUAAAAAUAAUAAAAUAAAACAAGAAAGACUUUGAAAAAAAAUUGGUGCAAAUUCUGGCAUAGAUAAAUAACUCAAAAUUAAGAUCCUUUAUAAAAGAAAGAAAGAAAGAAAAACUUAUCGUAUAUUUUAAUUAUAUUAAUAUUUUGUUGGAUUUCCAUUAGCUUUUAUUACUGCUUCGUAACGUCGCAGCAGAGAUUCCACAAGGUUCCUACAAGUUUCUGCAGGAAUUUUUUUCCCAAGCUUGCCUCAUUCCAUUCCAUAAGGCAGCCUUGUUAGAAAAUUUUUUUGAAGCUAGAUCAUUCUUGACCGCAGACCACAAGUUUUCGAUUGGGUUGAAGUCAGGUGAUUGAGCUGGCCAAUCGAGAACUUUAAUUUAUCUUGCUUGAAAUUAGGCCUUUGUUUUUUCGAGGUAUGUUUUGGAUCUCUGUCCUGUUGGAACUUCCAAAUCAGUGGCAUCUCGUCAUCAGCGUAAGGCAGCAUAACAUUUUCCAAGAUUUCCACAUAUUUUUCUUGAUCCAUAAUGUUCUUUAUCCAGAACAAUGGUCCAACUCCAUACCAUGAGAAGCAACCCCAAACCAUGAUGCUUCCACCAACGUGCUUAAUGGUCUUUUUUGUGUACUUAGGAUUGUAUUCUUGACAAGGAGGUCGUCUAACAUAAUGCUUGCUAUCCGAACCAAACAAGUUCACCUUGGUUUCAUCGCUCCACAAAAUAUUCUUGAAGCUCUUUAUGCCAGUUUCAUUAAAAUUUUCAAUCUGACCUUUACCUAAUAGUUUUCUCUUCUUCUUUUUCUUUUCGGAAACAAAUGGGGUCUUCCUAGAAAAGCGGUUUCUAACUGUUCUUGUUGUUACCGUUAAUCUAAGGGUCUUCU